AUGGCACUUGACCGUAAUCAGCUCAUACGAGUCUACUCCAGCCGCCUUGUUAAAUCUUUGGUUCCGGCAGAGUUUGGCGAAGAGUUCAUCCACAGUGUAACCAACGACCUUCUAACUUCAUUCAACAACAACUUGUCCCAGCCAACAACUCAUUCACAAAAUGAAAUAAACAGCAUAACCAACAAGUUCAAGACUUCCUUCUUGUCACACGGAGCCAAACUGCAAUGGGUGUCCUUUCAACGGGUUUUGGAAUCUCUUUUACGAUUCAAGUCAGUAGAUCAAGUCUGUAAUUAUUUGAUUUUCUUGGACGCUCUCCAAAAUCCAGAAUCGCAAACAUUCGGAAACCCAAACAGAGACAAUAUCAACGCCAAAAACUGGAUUUCACAGGAAACACUUUCUCAGAUCAUUGAGCCAUACUACGAAACACUCUCCGAAGAAUCGAUAUUGGCGUAUUUGUCUUUCACAUUACUUGGCCUUGAUUCCAAGCUUUUAUCUUUCCUGAAUAACAAAGAAAUUGAAAUCCCGGCCACCGUCAAUAGGAGCUACUCAGGUCUCUUGACUAAUAUAUUGGAAUGUGCAUUGUUAUAUAAAAACUUGCAGAUCUUUAUAGAAUCCAAAAUGGGCAAGAUGAGCUCACCAAUCAAAACAGCUUACUUGAGAGUUCUAGAACUACAGAUUAAUUCUUACGUUACCCACAUCAACGACUUAUUCACAGUACAACCUAGCUCCUUGAUAGCAGUGUACAAUUCGAUUUAUCCAUGGAUACCGAAAUUGAGGUUCCUUUACUCACUUACUCUUGAUCAGGACACAUUGAAUGGAUUCGAUUUCUUGACCAAGGUUUACGGUCUUACAAAGUUUGGAGAUGUGGUCAUCAGAGAGUUGAGUGAAGUUAUCUUCUACGACAUUUCCAAACCAUACUUUGAAAUCCUUGAAAAUUGGAUCAUAAGCGGAGAUCUAAUUGACAAUAGCGAUGAUUUCUUUAUCAAGUUUAACCCAGAGAAAAACUACAUCAAUGACAUAAUAGAUUUUAUUCCCACAAAAAUCCCAACAUUCAUUAGUAAACGGUCAGGAUAUAAGAUUUUCCAGAUCGGCAAAACACUAAUAUUCUUAGCCAAGUACUGCAAAGAGCUCAAUUGGCUCAACCAAUACACUCACAAAUACACUACAGAGAUAUUUCUGGUGAAUGGAGGCUUGCAGUCAAUGUCAAUUAAUGAUGUAACUGAAGUUGUUAACAACCAAUAUUAUGAUGUUAUGAAUUACCUCACCACCGUGUUGCAGGGACCUAAGAAUGAACUAUACACACAUUUGGUCAAUUUUAAGAAAAUUUACUUCACUGACAGCAAUGACUUCAUAGACGUAUUAAUUUCCAAAGGAACGAGGAUAUUUGAAGAAUCUUCAACAAACAUAUCUUCAACAUAUCUCUCGCAGGUGAUCACGGAAGCUGUUAACUACUCCUCUAUGCAACAUUUCAGGUACAAGAAUCGAGUGGAUGCAAGAGUAUUAAAUCCUACACACGGUAACGUUGGAUGGGAGGUAUUUACAGUUGAAUACAGAAUUGAGGAUUUAGCAAUCAAUUAUUUACUUGAACCACAAAUGAGCCAGUAUCUCAAGAUGUUCCAUUUCGUAUGGAAAAUCAAGCACUUGCAGUUUGUAUUGAACAACAAUUUUGUUGAUGCAACCAAUUUGAAAAAGAAUGACUUAAAAAGUAUAUUACAGAAGUAUCGCAAAAUUCAGAGAAAGAUCGUUUGGGUUACGAAGGCAUUCAACACAAGCAAUCUAAUUCGGGCACAUAUGCAGAAGUUCUUGAAUUCCUUGAUAGGAUAUAUAUCGUACGAUAUUAUCGAGAACAACUUCAACUCAAUUAUCAACCGAAGCUACUUCAAGACCAAUAUUGCCGAAGAAAAGUUUGAUAAUGUUGAACUGAAAAGUUUAUUAAGCAGCCUUAACCCCGACGUAAAUGAGGACCAUGUUGACCACAAUGUCAACGAAUUGACGAUUGACGAAAUAAUAAAAAAGCACGAAGAUUACUUGAGAGCAAUUACGAAUUUUAAACUUCUCAGCGAAGAUAGCUUGGGCAAGUUAACACAGUCGAGCUAUAUUUCCCAGAUCUACGAGAUACUCCAUAUUAUUUUUAAGUUUGUUACGAGUUGUCGAGAGUUCCACCAUUUGAUUGUUAAUUAUGUAUUGGUGCUUAACCUCGAAGAGAAUGAAGACUCGUUGGAAGACGAUACGAUGGUGCAAAUUGACAAUGACUUGGAAGAGAUCGAGAGAACGUUAGUGGCAGUUGUGGAUAGAAUAUAUAAAGAUAUCUACAGUCUGGAGUUCAAGCUACGGGAGAGAGAAUUUGUGCAAGAUCUCAAGAUCGACUUUGAGCUCAGGGACUUAAGCAGACUUUUUUAG